AUGGCUGCACUUCGGAGAGCCAUUGCUCCCAAUGCCGUCGCCAUUGCGUGGCUACAGUCUCGGGCCUUCAUUGCCCGCUCUCGAUCAAUUCCCGUAGCUGUGUCCCAGUUGCGCGCCUACACUCCCUCCAGUCCCCGACGACAACACGCCUUCCACUCGCAGCUUGAGAACACUUCCAAUGCCGCCGCUCUCCUCUCCUCCCAGAAGCCCGCCGCCCCGGCCAACCCCCAGACCCUCACCGAAAAGAUUGUCCAGCGAUACUCUGUCGGCCUCCCCCCCGGCAAGAAGGUCAAGGCCGGCGACUAUAUCACGCUCGUUCCUCACCACUGCAUGACGCAUGACAAUAGCUGGCCCACGGCUAAGAAAUUUAUGGCCAUUGGCGCCUCCAAGAUGCACGAUAAUCGCCAGGUCGUGAUGACUCUCGAUCAUGACGUCCAGAACAAAUCUGAAAGCAAUCUAAAGAAGUACCGCCAGAUCGAGGAGUUUGCCGGCAAGCACGGUGUGGAUUUUUUCCCUGCUGGCCGUGGGAUCGGACAUCAAAUCAUGAUCGAGGAAGGAUACGCCUGGCCAGCAACAGUCACUGUCGCGAGUGACAGCCACUCGAACAUGUACGGGGGUGUAUCUAGUCUGGGAACCCCCGUUGUGCGAACCGACGCAGCUAGUAUCUGGGCCACUGGCCGUACCUGGUGGCAAGUCCCCCCUAUUGCCAAGAUCACGUUCACUGGUGUCCUCCCCGCUGGUGUCACUGGUAAAGAUGUAAUUGUCGCUCUCUGCGGUCUCUUUAACCAGGACGAGGUUCUCAAUCAUUGUAUUGAAUUUACCGGUUCCGAACAGACUAUGGGAAGCAUCCCCAUCGAUGACCGCUUGACCAUUGCCAACAUGACGACUGAAUGGGGUGCAUUGAGUGGACUAUUCCCCGUUGACGAGAUGCUCAUCUCCUGGUACCGCGCCAAAGCCACCACCGCGGCCAUGUUGGAUAGUCCCUCCAAGGACCGCAUCAACCACAAGCGAAUUGACGAGAUUGUGGAGAACCGGCUAGUCGCUGACCCUGGUGCUACCUAUGCCAAGGAGCUUUACCUCAACCUCUCCACUCUUUCCCCCGUCGUCGCCGGUCCCAACUCUGUCAAAGUCAUUACCCCGCUUAAGAACCUCGAAGCUCAGAACAUUUCUCUAGACAAAGCUUACCUCGUCUCCUGCACGAACUCGCGAGCUUCUGAUAUUGCUGCCGCCGCUCGUGUCUUCCGCGAGGCUGCAAAGGAUGGCAAGCCUGCCAAAAUUGCUCCCGGCGUCAGUUUCUAUCUUGCUGCGGCUUCCAUUCCCGAGCAGAAGAUUGCUGAGGAGGCCGGUGACUGGCAGGUCCUACUUGACUCGGGUGCCCAGCCCCUCCCCGCUGGAUGCGGCCCCUGCAUCGGUCUCGGUACCGGUCUGCUUGAGCCGGGUGAGGUCGGUGUAAGUGCCAGUAACCGGAACUUCGCGGGCCGUAUGGGUUCCAGGUCCGCCAGUGCUUACCUCGCCAGCCCUGAAGUUGUUGCUGCCAGUGCUCUUCAGGGUAAGAUUGCUGGUCCUGGUUGGUACCAGAAGCCCGAGGGUGUUGAAAAGGUCAUUAUCGGUGAAGGAAGCGGUGACCAUGUCUCUGACAAGGCUCGGUCUAUCGAGAGUGCUUUUGACAAGCUCAUUAGUGAGGCCGAGAGUAUGAUUGCCGCUGCUGAGGGUGGUGCUGAGCAGUCGUCCAGCCCCGCCGCCACUGAAGACGAAACUUUGACCGACAUUCUCCCUGGCUUCCCCGAGACGAUUGAAGGUGAGAUUGUUUUCUGUGAUAGCGAUAAUAUCAACACUGAUGGCAUCUACCCUGGUAAGUACACCUACCAGGAUGACAUUACUGAGGAGAAAAUGGCCGAGGUGUGUAUGGAGAACUAUGAUACAGAGUUCCGCACGACCGCCAAGGCUGGUGACAUUCUCGUUGCUGGCUUCAACUUUGGCUGUGGCUCCUCCCGUGAGCAGGCUGCCACUUCCAUCCUGGCCAAGCAGAUUCCUCUCGUCGUUGCCGGUAGUUUCGGUAACAUCUUCAGCCGCAACAGCAUCAACAAUGCUCUCAUGGGUGUCGAGGUUCCCCGCCUUGUACAACGUCUCCGUGAAACUUACAAGGGCGACUCUAAGAAGCCCCUGACCCGCCGCACCGGCUGGAAGUUUCUCUGGGACGUCCGCCGCUCCAAGGUUGUCAUUACUGAGAAGGACGGCUCCUCUUGGGACCAGAAAGUCGGCGAGCUACCUCCCAAUGUGCAAGAGAUUAUUGCCUGCGGCGGUCUCGAGAAGUGGGUUAAGUCCAAGAUCUAA